AUGGUUAAUACAGAUUUUGAAAAAAUAUUCCUUAAUCAGUCCAAAUAUUCUGGACGUAUGCGUAUAGCUGAUUCUGGUUUAGGUUGGAAAUCGUCAAAUCCUCAACAACAACAACAACAAUCACAACCAUUUUUAUUACCAAGAGAAGAAAUUUUAAUUGCACAAUGGUCAAGAGGUUCAAAAGGAUAUGAAUUAAAAGUUCAAACAAAAAAUAAAGGGGUUGUAAUAUUGGAUGGUUUUGAUAAUGAUGAUUUUACCCAAUUAAAACAAGAAUUAAUUAGAAAUUUUCAAAUUCAAUUAGAACAUAAAGAACAUUCAUUAAGAGGUUGGAAUUGGGGUAAAACUGAUUUAGCGAGAAAUGAAUUAAUUUUUAAUGUUCAUAACAAACCAUCAUUUGAAAUUCCAUAUUCAAAUAUAAAUAAUUCAAAUUUAACAGGUAAAAAUGAAGUUUCAAUUGAAUUUAAUUUAGAUAAUCAAGGAUUAAGUGAUGAAAUUGUUGAAAUGAGAUUUUAUGUACCGGGCACAAAGAUUGAAGGAGAAACAACAAUUGUUAAAAAUGAAGAUGGAGAAGAAGUUGAAGAAAUUGGUGAAGAUGCAAAUGAAAUUAAUGCAGCACAAGUAUUUUAUGAGCAAUUAAAAGAUAAAGCUGACAUUGGACAAGUUGCAGGUGAAGCUAUUGUAUCAUUUGGAGAUGUAUUAUUUUUAACACCAAGAGGUCGUUAUGAUAUUGAUAUGUAUUCUACAUCAUUAAGAUUAAGAGGUAAAACUUAUGAUUAUAAAAUUCAAUAUGAACAAAUUGAAAGAAUUUUUUCAUUACCAAAACCUGAUGAAGCUCAUCAUUUAAUAAUUUUACAAAUUGAUCCUCCUUUAAGACAAGGUCAAACAAGAUAUCCAUUUUUAGUAUUACAAUUUUCAAAAGAAGAAGAAACUGAGUUGGAAAUAAAUUUAACAAAUGAAGAAUAUGAAGCAAAAUAUCAAGAUAGAUUGAAGAAAACUUAUGAUGCAUCAACUCAUAUUGUAAUGUCACAUUGUUUAAGAGGUUUAACAGAAAGAAAAUUAAUUACUCCUGGUUCAUUUCAGUCAAGAUUUUUACAACCUGGUAUACCAUGUUCUGUUAAAGCAAGUGAAGGUUAUUUAUAUCCAUUGGAAAGAUGUUUUUUAUUUGUUACUAAACCAACAUUAUAUAUACCUUAUACGGAAAUUAGUAAUCUUGUAAUGUCAAGAACUGGUGGUGGAGUAUCAGCAUCAAGAACAUUUGAUUUAGAAGUUAAAAUAGUAAAUUCAAAUCAAUCACAUAUUUUUGGUAGCAUUGAUAGAGAAGAACAAGAAACAAUUGAAAGAUUUGCCAAAGAAAAAAAUAUAAGAGUUAAAAAUGAAGAAAAAAUUGCAAAACAAAGAUUGGCUAAAGCUUUAGAAGAAGAAGCAAAUGAUGAUGAUGAUGAUGAUGAUGAAGACAUGGAAGCUGCAUUAGGAAGUGCUGGUGAAGAUGAAGAUUCAGAAGAUGAUCGUGAUUUUCAAAGCGAUUCUGAAUCUGAUGUUGCUGAAGAAUUUGAUUCAGACGCAAAAAGUAGUGAUGAAGAAAUGGAAGAUGGUGAAGAAGGAAGUCCAAGUGACGAUAGACCACCAAAGAAGAAAUCAAAAGCUAAUUAA